UUUCCCUCUCCCCUAUCUCCCUUGGAUUUGGGAAAGACGAGUAGCAUCUCACGCUUUGCUGAGAGAAACUCCUCAGCAUCCUCAGCUCUUCCGAUAGCGACGUCAACUGCGUCAACUAGCGCCAAUGUGCCACCUCGGCUUGUUUACACACGCCAAGCGAUGCUUUCGCUUCAACUAACGAUGGGCUCGCGAAAGCUUUGACGCGUUCAAGCACAACCUUGUGGACCAUCGUCCGUGCUGCUCGGGGGAGCAUUUUUCGCAGUGCGGCAAACCCAUGAUGGCCUCGGUUUUCCUCAACACUCUCACACCCAAGUUUUACGUGGCACUGACGGGGACUUCGUCUCUCAUCUCGGGGCUCAUAUUGAUCUUCGAAUGGUGGUACUUUCGCAAGUAUGGGACAUCCUUCAUAGAGCAGGUGUCGUUGAACCACCUGUCGCCGUGGCUUGGGGGCGGGGCUGAGGAACCCGACAACCCCGCCCCCGAGAGCAGGGGCCCGCCCUCGGCACCCUCCACGACCACGACCGGAGAGUGCAAGGUGUGGCGCAACCCGCUGUCCCUCCUGCGGGGAGCUGAGUACGCCCGGUUUCUGGCUGCGACCCGCCGGGAGCCACUUACCUUCUACGACAUGAACUUGUCCGCCCAGGACCACCAGACGCUGUUUGCGUGCGAGGCAGACGCGGGGCACCCCGACUGCGAGGUCAUGCAGAUGGCCUGGCGAGAGCGAGAUCCCAAGACACGCAUCCAGCACGCACACGACGCCCUAGAGAAGAACCCCGAGAGCGUAACCGCCUACAUUCUGCUCGCUGAAGAAGAGGCCCCCGGUGUGUUAGAGGCAGAAAAGCUCUUCCGGCAGGCACUCAAGUACGCCGAGACAAAUCACCGCAAGAGUCAGCCACUUCAGCAUCAGGGCACCUUUCACGAAGCUUUGCACCGGAGAGACUGCAAUGUGCUGGUCUAUGUUCGUCGGAGGCUAGCCAUGUGCGCCCGAAAGUUGGGCAAGGUGCGCGAGGCUGUCAAGAUGAUGCGUGAUCUGAUGAAAGAGUUCCCGAGCAUGAACCUGUUCAAUAUCCACGAGAACCUCAUAGAGGCCCUCCUGGAACUGCAGGCUUACGCCGACGUGCAGGCGGUACUGGCUAAGUAUGACGACAUCAACUUGCCCAAGUCGGCGAGCAUCUGCUACACGGCCGCACUGCUCAAGGCGCGCGGCGUCGGGGAUAAGUUCUCGGCAGAGGCGGCGGCCCGGCGGGGCCUGAGCGGGCCCGAGCUAGCGGCGGUGGAGGCGGUCCACCGGGCGGUGGAGUUCAACCCCCACGUGCCCAAAUACCUGCUGGAGGCCAAAAGCCUGAUCCUGCCCCCCGAGCACUUGCUCAAGCGGGGCGACUCGGAGGCCCUGGCGUACGCCUUCUUCCACCUGCGCCACUGGAAGCGGGUCGAGGGUGCCCUGCACCUGCUCCACUGGUCGUGGGAGGGCACCUUCCGGGCGCUACCCUACCCGCUCGAGCGAGGCCAGCUUUUCUACCCGUACCCCGGGUGCACCGAGGCCACGGACCGGGAGCUGCUGCCCCCAUUCCACGAGGUGUCUGUGUACCCCAAGAAGGAGCUGCCCUUCUUCAUCCUGUUCACGGCAGGGUUGUGCUCCUUAACGGCCCUGCUGGCCCUGCUCACCCACCAGUACCCGGAGCCCGUGGGGCUGGCCGCCCGCACUCUCCUCGCCUGGCUGGCCCUGCCCCUAGGCUACCUGCUGGACAAGCUCGAGGCACUGCUGCCUUCCAGCCUGCUGCAGCAGCUCUCCCGGAUCUGAGCCCUCUCUUUCCUUCUUGGGAGCUUCCCUGAGCCCCCCUUAAAGGGAUCUGGGGAGUAUCUCCUUUCCCUUUUGGGGCUCUGGGGAAGAGGGCUUCCCUGGACCUCCUUUUCCCUUUGAGGAGCCUCUCUUUCCCUUUUGGGUAUCUAGGAAAGAGAUGGGGAAAGGCUUCCUGACUUGCAUAUUGAGAGCUCAAUAAAUGUGUGCUCUGAAAGACA